AUGAUCUGUAUUUUACAAGGGUCAUCGUCGACGGAGACCGACGGGCGUUAUACAAACUUUCGUACCGACAGCUUGGAGUCACGUCAAGGCAAUGAGGCACUAUCGACGUUUCUCGAUGUUCGUCAACAUAACCCAAUCAGUGCGAUAAUCUUCCCACUGCCAUAUCCUCAAAGUUUAGAUUCAAAGAAUGAAGGCGAUGGACAACCAUUUAUCAAGAAGGCAACUACGGCCUCACUCGAUAGAUCAGAAGUCCCCAUACCAGGAGGACAGAACCCGCUGCUUUACUUUGUGACUCUUAGGUUUGCUAGCGGCGCCAGUCUGACACCUGCACGGGCCGUUUUUGUUGCGUCAGCAAAACGAGAAACUUCAACACUCGGCUCUCCUCCAUCAGCUGACAACGGCUUUAUACCCGUUUCCCAAGCCCCUUUGCCUUGGCGGCAGUAG